CUGCUCUCCGACGUAAAGAUGCUGUGGCUCACCUUUCAAGUUGACCUGAGGGUUUGGGUGUACUUUAACUUUCUAAGUAAAAAACGUGAGCUACAGAUCGUGAGAGAAAUUGUGGCCAUGCACUCGUUGCCAACUAAGGAGAAUCGCCUCUCCGACGGCACCCUAACCCUCGACCUCUCUUCCUCUUUUGACUCUGCGAGCUAUCCCCUGCCUGAGCUGCCCACCACACCCUCCCACCUCUACGGCCGGUUGGCCGAGGAGAUGGAUCACAGGCUACAUUUAUCUCACCAAGCACACACCUUCGACGCCGCCACCAGUCUGGACAUUGAACUGUCUCCCUUCUCAGCACCUCCAGUGCAGGGGAACCGCUUCUCCUUUACUGCGCAGGCGUCGUCUGGGUCGCCGCAGUCUUCCGGCGACUUUCCGCCUCUGCCGCAUACCCUGGAGGAGGCCCUAGAGUUUGAGUACAUUGCCCGAGGCAAUCUCAAUGCUGAGCUAGACGAACACCUGGCACACUGGUCGACACCCGCGGUUUUAAAUAAUGCCUUCCCCAAGGACCGCUCGGACGUCUCCCGCGGCAUGUAA